CAUAUAUAGACCUUCCCUCCUCGGUCGGCUCUGCCAUUGCCAUAUCUGCCGCCCUCGCCUCAAGCCAUGUCUUCUCCCGCAUCCCGUCAGUUCGCACAGCACGUGCGCGUCUCCUCCACCGACGAGCUCUCCUAUGCCUCCUCCGCCAAGGGCGAGAUCAACGAGACCAUCCAGACCAUCGUCACAGGCCGCAAGUGCUGGAAGACCAUGAAGGGCAAGGGCGAGGUCGUCUGGCCGCCCUAUCUCGAGGCCGCCCUCGUCGAAGGUUUGGAAAAGUACCAGCCCGUCGAGAGCCGCACGACGCGUGCCUUUGGCCGCUUCCCCAUGCGCAACAAGUUCAUCUCGGACUACAUCUUCCAGCGCACCGGCAAGCGGCGCACCCCCAAGCAGGUCGGCAGCCGUCUCCAGCAGCUCCGAGACACCACCGAGGGCAAGCGCAUCCUCCAGCUUCUCUCCAGUCGACAUAUCGCCAUGAUGCAGCCCAAGGCCGAGCGCUCCCCAGAGCAGCUCCCCUCGUCCGCAUCCUCGUCGGGCUCCAGCAUCCCGCCCGGCCCGCCCUGCAGCUACGUCUCGAUCGACGUCUGCCCCGACUCAGAGUACACCUACUCGCCCGACCCGAGCCCGAGCCUGACGCAAUACUCACACGCGCAGGGCCAGUACCGCACGCAAGCCCCGCGCCCGCUGCGCGCGCUCGACCCGACGGUCACCUUUGUCUCGCGCUGCGCGCUGCAGCAUGCGUACUCGGCGUUCCGCGUGGUGCGAAGGGACAUGGCUCACUCGUCUGGCAUGGGUAACGGGACGUUGCAUGGCCAGGCGCAGGUGUUUGCGGAGCGGACGGACCUGAUGCUGCACUCGAGCAGCAUGACGCCCGCGCGUGUGUGGCCAUCCCAGAUGGAGUGCUCUUUCCUCUAUCGCACGCCGUUCGUGCCCGGAUUCUGGCGCGCUCUUGUCGAGUGUGGUGACCCGACGCCAUAUACCAUCGUCCAGGAUAUCGUUCGCUUCUCUGGCAACGGCAAUGCCCCCGGAGACGAGCACAAUGGCAAGGACAGCCCGGGAGGACAAGAAGAGGUGUUGUUGACUGUGGUAUACUCUUUCAACCUCGUCCACGGGCAGACGCGCAGCUCGCUUCUGUCGCCCCCUCUGUCGCCCGCACACUCCGUCGGCACCUUCUCUGCAGAGUCGAGUCCCGAGCUCGGCUCCGAGCUGAACGACUACCUCCUCUACAACAACCACACGCUCUCGUCGACCGCGUCCGCGUCCGCGCCGUCGCUGCCUCUCCCGCCCGUGCACUCGCUGCACCACAUGUCGUCCUCCGGCUCGCUCGAGCCCGCGCUGUCGUCGCUGCAUUCUUCGCCGCACGCGAGUGGGGGUCGCCCGGGCACGAGCGGCGGGUACAGUAGCGCCGCGACGCCGCAGCUCGUGCAGGCGGGCGAUGAUGGAUACGCGAGCCUGCCGCCGAGCCCGCUUGAUUUGACGUUUGCGCAUGGCGUGCAGGAGGUGGGCGUGCCGGCGAUGAGCGCGAUGGGCAUGUGUGGUAAUGCGUAUGGCGUGGAGUACCAUAGCCACCAUGCGGGGCCCGCCGUGUACACCGGAGAGGGCACGCACCACGCUCAUACCCACGCGUCGAUGUCUCAAUAUAACUUUGACGCGUCGUUUGGCGCGGUUUAGGAUAGCGCGAUGCUUGUCAGAUGUGUAUACCCGCGCUGGCUGUCACGAUGCUUUAUCAGACGCGUUUGUCGCCCUUUUCGACGCCCGCUUGCACCCUCCUUGUCCUUGAUCCUCGAUCGCCGCUUGCGGAUAUGUAUCCAUGUAUCACCUAUACCUGUAGUAAUGCCCGCCGUUAUCCUCCAAGCCCUAGGCCCCAUGCCCACGAUUGCGGAUAUGCUUUUCUGCAUUAUAUUUACACCUUAUUUUUCUCGCUCCCUCCCGCUCGCUCUCUUGUUUGCUUCCACUUGGU